AUGCAAGCCACCACAUACAACGAUGAGGGUCAACUUACUGCCUGCGACUUCGUCCUCCUUGUACCUAUCGACACACCUACUCCUACCAACACGCCUAGCGAGGCCCUAAUGCCUGCUAACCCACCUAGCGAGAUCUUAAGUCCCCCGAAUAGCCCACUCCAUGAUAUCCUCGUACGCCCCCUUAAUGAGCAAUUCGAAUAUGGCAUCCAUACACCCGCCAAUAACCAAGUAACCGGCCUCGCAACACCCGCCGACGAGCACUAUUUGAAUGACCCCACUAUGUCCCUCGAGUAUGAGGACCAGUCUAUCGCCGUCCAAACCUCCUCACACGACGUGCCUGUUGAUGCUACAGCCCUUGCCGGCAGCGGCGAGUCCAUGGAUUUAAGUAUGUCCCCCGAAAAUCAAUUUGUGGGUAUAUCCAUCACCGCGGAAGAGAUAUCCAUGGAGAAGGCAUUGUUACCCUCUGAUACCGGAUGCAUUGAGUGCAGUCAACCCCCCUCCUCCUCUACUGACUACAAGUCUGCCGGAGGUUACUUCAGGUGGGCUGUCGACCGGCACAGGGAGUAUACCGCUGCCCUGGCCUCCCGAGACCAGGCCGUUAAACCCCCACCCCCCGUUGAGGGCCGGUCUAUCGCCGUCCAAACCUCCUCACAUGACGUGCCUAUUGAUGCUACAGCCCUUGCCAACAACGGCGAGUCUAUGGAUUUAAGUAUGUCCCCCGAAAAUCAAUUUAUGGGUACAUCCAUCCCCACGGAAGAGGCUCCCUUGGAGAAGGCAUUGUUACCCUCUGAUACCGGAUGCAUUGGGUGCAGUCAACCCCCCCCUCCUCCACUGACUACAGGUUCGCCGGUCUCUACUUCAAGUGGGCUGUCGACCGGCGCAGGGAGUACACCGCUGCCAUGGCCUCCCAAGACCAAGCCGUUAAACGCCCAUCCCUCGCUGUUGGAGAGCCUGUCAACCCCUCAACCGCCAAAGACGAAGAGCCUAUUGGCCCCCUUACCCCCGCUGAUGGUGAGCCCACCCAACCCCAUGCCAGCUGACGAUAAACCCGUUGGUUUCGUCAGUCAAUACAUCAAAUAUAUUGCUCUUCACAACAAGCUCACCGAACUCAUAGCCGCCUGCAGUCAAGAAAUCCCUGCCUACACGCUCACCGAAGGCCAGCCGGACGACCUCAUGUCCGUUGACGAUCAACCCAUAGAGGCCGUGCCCAUCCCCAUCCACAGCCCUACGAUGGACCUCUACCCCCACCUUGACGAGCUUAUGGUAGCCACCGCGAGAGCUAGAGCCGGUGAGGCCCACUACCCGCGAGAAGUGCCGCGAGAAGAGAGUUACAGAUACCGGUUUGUUAGAAACGUGAUUGCGACUGUCGUGCGCCCACAGAGCAGAAUUGUGCAUGGGGUCGACGAGCUGAUGUAUAAUACGGCCAUGGAACGGCUCGAGGCUGAUAUACUGCCAGGUGUCGAGCGUGUGUAUCAGGACGUGCCCAACUAUGUACACCAGGUACCGCGCUCAGGUCCAUUGGAGGCAGACCCUUGGUAUGUGAAUCAGGCGCCGUUAAACACCGAGCAUGUGAAUCAGCCACCGAUAAGUCCCGAGUAUAUAGAUGAGCCGGCGCCGUUAAUCAUGAUUAACGAGUAUGUGGAUUGUGAUGGCACGAAGAGAUUGGGGGUCGACGAGAACACUAGUGAUGUGAGGGAGACUGAUGGGCUGCAGGAAACUGAUGGGGUGGUAGACGUAUCGAACCAAAAAAGGUUACUAGAGACAUCUGAGAUCGAAAGUCAAAGGCGCCGAAUUAAUGAUGCAAUACAACUCAUGAUCAUGUUUGGAAAACGUAAGCCUGAGGGUGAGGAGCCACCGCCGCUUGGAGAGGAAACGCCUCAACCACUUGACGUGGGGGUGGAAGAUCGCCAAUUGCAAAUGUUUGAACGCCCGAACCCCGGGAUAGGACUAUUUGCGAAUCUGGAACUACAGGAACAAUAUGAAGUAUUCCAGGUGUCGAAAGUACAGGAGGGAGCACUCCAGGUUCCCGAGGUUCAGCUUUGCCACACAGAUCGGACACAGAGUUAUGAGAGUUGCGAACUGCGGGUGCAUGUGACUACCCCCCGGACGCUUGGAAGACAAUUGCAAUUAGAUAAGGCUUUUCAAUUGGCUCGAGGAAACAUAGAUAGAUCCCCUGGACUUGAGGCAGAAUUUGGGGACCUAGAAGUAAACAGGUAUGAGCUCCAUGAGCCACAAGCGUUAAGGGAACUACACGAAGUACCUGAAGCACGAAAGGAAGAGUUUCAAGCACCUGAAGCAGAUGAUGAAGCUGCGGUUCCACUUACCAACCCGGAGGUGCAGAGGGACGGAAGCGAGGAGUUUCCAGAUUGGGACCCUGAAUUACUGAUAAGUUUUGGGAGCGAGGAGCCGGUACUGGCGCAAGAGGAGAUAUUCAAGAUUCCUAAAGUAUGGGAAGAAAGGUCCCAAGUAUCUGUAUUAGCAGAGGAGACGCUUCUAGUGCCUGGAGUAGAUCUAGAAGGGGAGGUGCUUAAUGAGAGCCAGGAGUGGGAACAAGCGUUGGAAGAGAUGUCCGAGGGGCUCGAAGUACUAGAUGAAGGGUGGAAAAAGAUACUAGAGGUGUCCGAAGAAAUAGAUGAAAAGUUGAAAGAGAUAUCCGAUGCACUAGAUGAAGAGUUGAAAGAGAUAUCCGAAGCACUAGAUAAAAAGUUGAAGGAGAUAUCCAAAGUAGAUGAGGUUUUGGAAGAGAUAUCCGAGGGACCUGAAACACUAGAUGAAGGGUUGAAGCCCCCAACGCCUGAUCUUCAACAUGACGAUUCGGAAGCACAGAAGACAUACGAGGGUCAGAAUCAGGAGAUGCACAGCACAACGCACCAAAUACCUCAAUCCCAAGCUUGCAACUUGGAAACACCGAGAUAUGAGAGCCAGAGACCGCAUUCCCAAGUAUCAGAGGCAGAAGAGGGAGAGCAUCCAACAUCCGUUAUUGAAUCUGAAGGCCAGGAUGUACAAAGGUACGAGAACCAGGAGCCACAUAUGCCAAAGGAAAUGUCCCAGGCGCUUAAAACACAAGAGCAGAUGAACCCAGUGCUUGGAGCACGAAAAGAGCCCCAACUACCUGAAAAUAAUGAAUGGCACCCAGCAGUUAAGAAGCACUGCUUACAAAGGGAGGAUGGCAUCACGUCUCCGGGUCCCGAAGUAGUCCAGGUUUGGCACAAUGAAAUACAGAGAUACGAGAGCCAUGAUCCGCAGUCAUCGGAAAGGUCUCAAACGCCCGAAACACAAGAGGAACAUCCUUCGCCAUUUCCAGGGAUUCCGAAUUGGUUUCCGGACAGACCGAGGCUUAGCCAGGAGCCACUUCAAGUUUGGUAUCAUCAAUCACAAAACUCAGAUAACCAGCAGUCGCAAACGUCGAGGGAAACAUCACGAUCUCGGGCUUCUCAAGGACUAGAGCAAGGACUUCAAUUGCCUGAGGAUGAGCUCGAUGGCCCUGGAGUACAAUUAAGGAACGAAACUCAGUUGUCAAGGGUAGUAUCCCCGAUUCUUAAAGAACAAGAGCAAGCUCGCCAGAUAUCCGAAGCACGAGAGGAAGAGUCGCAAUCACCUAGGACUCGAGACCGGCACCGUCGAUCGGAGGGUCUAGUAGAGGGGGAAGCAAGCAAUAUAUCUGAAGAGCGAGAAGAACCAGAGACUAACAUACCUGGGAUUCAAGAGUGGUAUACUCCGAUAGAGGCGGAGCAUAGGAUGUCCGGAGCGCAAGAAGCGCCAGAGACCAACAUACCCAGGAUUGUAGAGUGGUACCGUCUAAUAGAGGCGGAAGCGCGCGGGAGGUCCGAAGAACGUAAGGUGUCGGAAGCACAAGAGGAAGUGCGCCGGGCGGCUGAAGCACUAGAGGAAGCACGCCAGGUGCUUAAAGCACGAGAGGAAGCGUGCUGGGGGUUUGAAGCACGGGAAGAGUCACAAUUACCUGGUACUCAAGAAUUGCACCCCGAAUCACGUAGGGAGGAUAACCAGGAGUUGGAGGUGUCGAGAGAAACCUCUCAGACACCUGAAGCACAAGAAGGGGAACUCCCAGUGUUUAGAAUGCAUGGGGCGCGCGGGGUGUCAGAACCACAAGAGUCACAUAGCUAA